AUGACACGCAUCAGCUUGCCAUCGUGCUCAUUACUUGGUUCUAGACGCAGUAAACUCUAUUCUGUUCUUUGUCUAUGUGCUUUAUCACUUGGAUACAACAACAAGAUCUAUGAUGCUCAUCGCGUCGUUGCAGCGCUUAACGUGUUGGAUGGAUCGCAAGAUACGCCCAUGAUAUGGUAUUGUCGUGGUGUCCUUUACGCCAUGGAAGGUCUUGAACACGAAGCUCUCAGCUCUUUUCAACAAGGUCUCAAAUCAUGCAGGAGCAACUCUGUGGACCACCGCUUAAUCAGCACAGCAUUAUCCAAUAUACAAAAACAACAACGGGUCGACUUUGUAUCAGUAAUGCCAAACGAGUUGGUAUGCCGCAUUUUUCUCAUGGUCAAAGACGAGGAUCCUAUUCAGCUCGUUCAUUGCAUGAAGGUGUCCAAGUUAUGGUGUCAUCGUCUUUCUCAGUGUUGUGAUCUAUGGCAAGAAAUCAAGUUCCAAGGACGCGUAUGCGUGGAUCAACAAGCUCGAUUGCUGCCCCUUAUUGCCGCUCACCAGACCAGCAUUGUCAUAUCACGCCUGUCAGAGCAAGAAGUUACUACGUUUACGUAUUGGAUGUUGAAAAGCAAGUUGAAAAGAUUGUCAGGGCUGUGUAUACGUGGUUGUGCGUUCAAUUCCCAAUUUACAACGCUCUUACAGCAUGUCAGCCAUACAUUGACUGAACUUUCAUUGGACAUUCCUGAGAGCAGCACUAUAUCAUUGACAGAGAUCCUUGCAUUGUGUCCACAUCUCAAAUACCUGGAUUAUCAAGACUUUUACAAGCCAUUGGAUGAGUCAUUCCAUUUUGUACCGAACAAGCCUUUGGAAUUGGAGACGCUGCGUUUGCUUUGUUGGGGUGGGAUGUCAUUUUCUGGGACACAGCACAUUUUACAAUGGUCUCCAGCGUUACGACAAUUGGCGAUCUCUGGUUGUUGCAGCAUUCAAGUACUAGAUAUCGUGACCAGUGGAUGCCCUCAAAUGCAGCGUUUAUGGAUCAAUCAUGCAGCAUUGGAUACUCGUAUUCUUCGGCAACACCAUGUGGAAGAUGUUUUUAAGGAGACGUUGGGUGUGCGAACACUUCUUCUCGGGUAUUCGGAUGAACUACAGCCGCAUCACGUAUUACCAUUACUGGCAACUUCCAACAAUACGUUACAGGAUUUAUCCUUGUUGGUGCCACACAACGCUGGAAGAUUUAUUCAACAAUGGCAGGCUUUGGCAUACGUAGCACCACGACAACUCACACGCUUGACAUGCCAAUUCAACGUCCAUCUUCAAACAGCCUUUGCUGCAUUGAUACGUGCAAACCCUUUGCUGGAGUCAAUUCACUUUCAAAUGAGCGACUUAUCAUCCGAUGAGAUCAUUGAUGCUAUCCUCCAACUCAAUGCAAUACGAGAGCUCUCCAUCCAUUCACCUUUGAGACUCAAUAGCGUGGGAUUGGCGAGGGUAUUCUCGAAACAGAUUCAUUUGGGAAAGCAAACGACAUUGGCACACGUGCACAUGCGAAAUAUCCAAGCUGAAGGAUUGGAUCUAUCGAUCAUCGCACUUGGCCUUAUGAAAGAGCUCGAGACGAUCACGCUUGCGCAAUGUACGGGUGCCACGAGCGAUGGAUUCUACUUAUUUUUCGAAAGGCUUGUGAUGACGAGUGGGGAAUCGAUGCUCAGACGUCUCAACGUGGAGAAGAUACAACAUGUUUCGAAUGAGAUGAUCCAGCUCUUACAACAGGGGCACUUUUCGCAGCAUUGCAUGAUUCAUCUCGUUGGGUUGCCGAACAUCUCGAAUGAAGCAGUGAAAGAACUUGUAGCAACCCAUCCACCCUUUUCGCUUUAUGCAUCUGCAUGUAGCAACGACCAUCUUCAUCCGCCGAUCCGCCAUUGUGCAUACAACAGCAACAAUAGAAAUGAUUUUGGAUAUCGAGAUAGAAGGAUUGUACCACAUUAA